UUACUGCUGGGUUUUGCUUCCUCUUUGCCCACGGCUGCUCAAAGUUCCCUGCGCUCCUGAUCAGCCGGGGCCGCCGCCCAGGACCUACUCCAGGUCUUCCGCAUCCUUCCUCACGGGGGGCGCUGGACAGGACGGAAAGUCCCUUCUGACAGACCGGUAACUGCGACCGAGCCGCGCUGACCCGCCCCGGCUCCGCCCCUUCCCCGCGGCCCUCCGCGGCGGCCAUGGCCAUGGCGGGGCGGCUGUGGCGGCUCUGCAACCUCCUCAUGGCCGCUUUCUUCGGGCUGGCGGCCGCCGUGCAGGUGAGAGCGGGGCCGCCCGGGCGGGGGGCGGCAGGAGGCUCCGCACCGCUCCCCUCGAGCGCGGCCCCGGCCAGGUCUCAGUGCGCGCCUUCCGCUGUAGGUGAACGACCCCGACGCCGGGCUGUGGACUGUAAUGGUGUUUGGAGGAGCCUCUGUGACCUUCAUUCUGCUGGAUGUAUCGUUGGGACCAUUGCCUUGGCUUGCUCUUUGUUUGCUUACGCUCAAGGAAACAUUUUACAUGAAGAAGAAGGCCGAGAGUUGUUUGGUCUGGUGAUUAUCGCAGUAUGGAUGAGGCUUUGUCGCAGUUCAGCCAAGAACCCCCUGGCUGGAGUUCGCUUGACUGCUGCAGUGGUGGUCGCGCUCUUCCCCUUUGUGUCAUGGCUGUACAUUUAUGCGAACAAGGAGAUGCGAGCAUCUUGGCCAACACACUGUAAAACAGUAAUUUAAUGUGUGGUAGAUAGUAUAGAAUAAAUAUUCUGACCUUA